CAGGUCCAAUGGUUGCUAUAGGUUUGUCACAGUAUUUGUUGCAGGUUGCUUCAAUCAUAAUAGUUGGUCAUUUGGGUGAACUCCAACUCUCUAGCACCGCCUUAUCCAUCUCCUUCACCACUGUCACUGGUUUCAGCUUUCUGGUACUAUCAACUUACUUCAUAACCAAUAUUUUCUUGCCUAAUUAGUCUUAGUAAUUUCUAUUGUUUUUUUAUUAGUUUUGAUCCCUCUGAAAAUAUGGUGACUUGAGUUAGGGAACCCUGUGUCAUCCAGUCAGGGUCGCCUAUGUGGGACACAUUAGUCCUUUGUCGGCUCUCUGAGUCUUGGUUUCUUGAUGGUUGGAUUUGCCCAUUGACAUUCUUCAUGUUGAUCAUUCGGUAUAUAUAUUGAGGAUUUCUUCUUCCUUGUUUUUCUUUCAUUCUUAAAACUUAUAUGUUUUAUGUGUUUCUUUCGCAUUCUUAAUAUUCCCUCAGAGGACGCGCUAAAUGAUAUAGUAUGACCUUUUUCUUUUAGUGCUGUUGAUGGUGAUGAAUCUGGUAAUGAACUCUGGUGUGUUGGUCUUCAUAAUAUGUUCGAUGGUUGGGGGUACUUGCAAACACUUCGAUAUGCUCUAGGAUUUUGAAGCCCUAGUGUCUUUUGUCAAAUUGUCAGGGACAAUUGUCUUAGAAUACAUGUGUUACAAGAUUCCAGAGUAGCAUCUGACGGUCUCUAGGGAACUAGUGAGCUCUGAUCAGGUGUACUGCUAGGGUAGAACCAUCUUAAGGUUCUGAGGUACUAGAACUUUUUCGGAGACAAUUGCUUCAGGGUGAUGUCGCUAAUGGAUCUAGUUGUCUAUCUAACCUGAGGGCCGUUAGAUAAAUUCGACGGGGUAGAUGGACAGAUGGCCGGUUAUCUGAACCCACAUACUCGGUGCUAUGAUGCUAGAUUGAUUGAAUUUUGGCUCAAACCAGAACAUUAAGAUUGAGUUAGGUUCAACCACAAUUCUAAAAGAUCUAGAGUCUAUUGAAUCGGAUCACCCACAAUUUAUAUUCACACCAAUAGUGGUGGGCGUGAAAAAGUGUACUAAAAAAAUUCAAAUUCAAUAUAAAUUAUAUAUAGAACUUGAAAAUAGUUUAUAAAAAGUGACUCUCUCUUAUAAUUGAAUUUUAUAAUAUUAAGUUAGACCCAACCACAGAAAAUAUAAAAUAUUGUUACUGAAAUUCUAAACCAAGGAACACUCUUAUUUCCAUACAGAUCAUAUACUCAUAAUUGCUUUAAGUCUAAUGUGUUCCCUUUUCAGCCUAUGAAAAAUUGAAAAUUAAGUUCUGAACCUUCAAUGUAUAGGUCCAUUUUCUCAAAGUACUAUUUUUUUUCUUUCUUAUAAACCCGGAACAAUCAUCCAAUUUUACCAUCCCUACCCCAAAACAAAACAAAAAAGCUCUAACUACUAUUUUUUCUUCUUCUGAAUCAUCAUAAAAUUUCAUCUUUAAAAAAAUGACUUUUCCGAAAUGUAUAUCAGAAAUCCAUAUUAUAAAUACAUGUUUAACAUACUAUGGCAAACUUUGUAGGACAUGUGAGAAUUGAACCCAAUUCCGCACUAGGCAUAAGGAGGGGAAUGUCUAGUGGACUAGAAACCACAUGUGGACAAGCUUAUGGAGCAAAACAAUAUCAAAGAAUAGGAAUGCAAACAUACACAGCUAUCUUUUCUCUCUUAUUGGUUUGUAUUCCAAUAUCUUUCAUUUGGAUCAACAUUGAAAACAUACUUGUUUUCACUGGACAAGACCCUCUCAUUGCACAUGAAGCAGGAAGAUUCACAAUUUGGCUUCUUCCUGCACUUUUUGCAUAUGCAAUAUUGCAGCCACUAGUUAGAUAUUUUCAAAUACAAAGUUUGCUUCUUCCAAUGCUUUUAAGCUCUUGUGUCACUCUUAUUUUCCAUAUACCUCUUUGUUGGGCUAUGGUUUUUAAGACAGGAUUGAAUAACGUUGGAGGAGCAAUUGCAAUGAGCAUUUCCAUUUGGUUAAAUAUGAUUUUUCUUGGAUUGUACAUGAGGUACUCUUCGUCAUGUGCAAAAACUAGAGCUCCAAUUUCUAUGGAGCUGUUUCAAGGAAUUUGGGAGUUUUUGCGCUUUGCUAUACCUUCUGCAGUAAUGCUUUGCCUUGAAUGGUGGUCAUUUGAGUUAAUGGUCUUACUCUCUGGGCUGUUACCAAAUCCUCAACUCGAAACUUCAGUUCUAUCAGUUUGUCUCAAUACGAUUGCAACUCUCUUUAUGAUACCAUAUGGGAUUAGUGCUGCAGCAAGCACGAGAGUUUCAAAUGAAUUAGGAGCUGGCAAUCCAUUUGAAGCACGUGUUGCUGUGUUAGGCGCCAUGUCACUUGCACUCAUAGAAGCAAGUAUAGUGAGUGGAACCCUUUUUGCAUGCCGUCAUGUUUAUGGUUACAUUUUCAGCAAUGAUAAGGAAGUUAUUGAUUAUGUCACUGUCAUGGCUCCUUUGGUUUCUAUAUCUGUUAUAUUGGACAGCAUACAAGGUGUUCUCACAGGGAUUGCUAGAGGUUGUGGUUGGCAACACCUUGGAGUUUAUGUGAAUCUAGGGGCCUUCUACCUCUGUGGGAUUCCUGUUGCUGCUGCAUUGGCAUUUUGGGUUCAAGUGGGAGGGAAAGGACUUUGGAUUGGUAUACAAGUUGGUGCUUUUGUUCAAUGUGUUCUUCUUUCUAUUAUAACAAGUUGUAUAAAUUGGGAGCAACUGGCAAUAAAGGCUAGACAGAGGCUAUUUGAUGUUGAAUUUUCAGCAGAGAAUAGAUUGGUAUGAUAUGAUUGAGCAUAUAUGUCUUGGUGUAUCUGACUAGGAAUAUCAGAAUACUAUUCCAAUGAUAAUAUACAAAAUGUUGAACAAUUAAUCAAUUUUACGAGCACUGGUGCAAUGAACUCCAAUUGCUAUUUAUUAGGGGUGGCAAUAAAAUCCAUUAAGGGAAAAUCCAUCCAAUCCAUCCAAUAAUUUAUCCAUCCAAUCCAUCCAUCAACCAAAUAACUACUUAAUGGAUUGGAUUCAAUCCAUCCAUUUAACUAUAUGGAUGGAUUCAAUCCAUCCAUCUCAUUUA